UGGAAAUAUUAACAGUUUGUAUUUGUACAAAUUAACGCAAACACCAAACAACCACAAACCAUGAAGUUUACCCAAUAUUUUGCCAUUUUCGUUAUUGUGGUCUUGUGCCUGUUGGGUCAUCAAGCUGCCCAGGCUCAUAGUUUAUUUGGAGAUUUGAAAAAGGAUGUGGAAAGUGAUGCUCACAAAGUCGGUGCUAAAUUGGACAAUAUUGGUGACAAAGUGGAAAGUGAUACUCACAAAGUAGGUGCUAAAUUGGACAAUAUUGGUGAUAAAGUGGAAAGUGAUACUCAUGAAGUGGAACAAAAAGUGGACAAUAUUGGCGAUAAAGUGGAAAGUGAUACUCAUGAGGUGGGUCAAAAAGUGGAAAGUACUGGUCAUAAAGUGGUAAAGACGGCCAAGAAAGCUUAUAAAGUCUACAAAAUCGUUAAAGGCAUUGAAGUAGCUGGCAAGGUUAUAGGAGCCGUUGGCAGUAUUGCUGGUGUCAUUGAAAAAGCUUAAAAUUGUCCUUCACAUUAAUUUCAAAGUAAUUAUUGUGGAGUUUU